AAAGGCGGGUUCCAUUUUAAAUACGGAAGUAGACGUGUUUUCAAUUCAUUUUUCACUUUGUUAAUCAACGAUAGCUGUCAGAUAUUUUGUUUUUGCUGUGAGAUUAUCUUUCGAAAAUGGGUUCUGUUGGAUUUUCUCUGUUGACAAUAACCAUAUGUAUCAUGAGUCAACAACUAGUUAAUUCGCUGGACAAUGGGCUCGCACUGACACCGACAAUGGGCUGGCUUCAUUGGGAAAGAUUCAUGUGUAAUGUUGACUGUGACACGGACCCUAACAAUUGCAUCAGUGAGCGGCUGUACAUGCAGAUGGCAGAUGUGAUGGUGAAGGAAGGUUGGAGAGAGGCUGGGUAUGAGUAUGUCUGCAUAGAUGACUGCUGGCCUUCUAAGCAACGUGACGCCAAUGGACGCCUGCAAGCAGACCCCAAGAGGUUCCCAGGGGGCAUCUCAAAGCUAGCUGACUAUGUCCAUUCUAAAGGUCUGAAGUUGGGCAUCUAUGCAGAUGUGGGCACCAGCACGUGUGCAGGCUACCCUGGGAGUCUUGGCCACUAUGAUACAGAUGCUCAGACCUUUGCAGACUGGGGUGUGGAUCUUCUCAAAUUUGACGGCUGCUACAUGGACUGGACUUUACUGGGAGAGGGCUACAGGAACAUGUCAAAAGCUUUGAACAAAACUGGGAACAGCAUCCUGUAUUCCUGUGAGUGGCCACUGUAUGAGUGGUCGUAUAAACAGCCUAACUACACAGCCAUUCGGGAGGCGUGUAACCACUGGCGCAACUCUGCAGACAUCUACGACUCUUGGUCCAGUGUGAAGUCCAUCUUGGACUGGUCAGCUGAUCAUCAGGACAUCAUUGUGCCCUCGGCCGGCCCUGGGGGCUGGAAUGACCCUGACAUGCUUGUGAUCGGUAACUUCGGGCUGAGUCAUGCUCAACAGGAGUCCCAGAUGGCGAUGUGGGCCAUCAUGGCUGCUCCUCUGCUGAUGUCCAAUGACCUGAGAGACAUCUGCCCCAGGUCCAAGGAGCUGCUACAGAACCACCACAUCAUUGCCAUUAGCCAGGACCCACUUGGCAGGCAAGGUUACCGCUCCAUCAAGUCGAACAGUCUGGAGGUGUGGGAGAGGCCCUUGUCCAGAGGAAGACUGGCUCUGGCUGUAUGGAACAGGCAGGAGAUUGGCGGUCCACAGGGUUUUAACCCAGUCUUACUGCCAAGCUGGAAGAUCUGUCACCCCAAGUGUAACGUCACACAGGUUCUGCCCAGCUACAAGGAGCUGGGGGUACUGACCCCUGACAGCAGGGUAGUAGUGAAGGUGAACCCCUCUGGAACUGCCUUGUUGACCAUCUCUCCAGUUGAAAGCCACAUCAAGAAAAAUCAGAACAUGCAGUGGCUGAACACACCUCUCAAACUGAAGAACGCAGCUCUGUAGUAUUUGUACACUACAUUCAAUCACUGCACUUUAAAUCAAGGGAAUGCGAAGCCCAACAGUAAAUUGCCUUUUACUUUCUAUGAUGUAAAUGUAAUAGUAAACUUGUGCUUUUGUUUUUU